AUGGAGAAAGAAGCUUCAGCAAACCAAGCGCCUCAAGAGGCAACGCUCCCCACGGGGACAACGCCAGUAAGAAGUCAAAGACUAAGUGUGGACACCGAAGAAGAAUUGGAAGCUGCCGAGAACUCUCCUGCCGUCCAAGCUUUGAUGGACUUUGACAUUGACGAGAUGGAAGCCAAGGAGAAGGCUCUUGACAGCAGAGUGGGGAACUCUACACCUGGCGCUCAUCCUGCACAACCUCCAUCCAGCUUGAUGAAUGUUGACGCCGAACGAGAAGCGGCCUUGGCGUCGGCGGGUGUCCAAUCUGUGCUCCCCGAAUAUCAGGAAAAGCAGAAGAAAUUACUCGAAACAGUCAGCGAACGCAGCCUUCUUUGCCAGGAGCCGUCCCUAGCCAGCGGGCAAGCUGGCACUGCCGAGGAGUCUGGCAGCUACCAGAUAGCAGUUGGUGACGUUCAGAUGCUCGAAGACAAGCUCGUCGACAUGGCACACAGUGGCAAUGGAGCGACCCUCGUACGAGCUGGAAAUGCUGUCGGCUACAACGAGCAGUCAGUCAAUGACGUUCGGAUGCUUGAAGACAAGAUUGUUGACAUGGCGAACAGAGGAAAAGGAGCGAGACUCGUGCAAUACGAAAAUGCAGACUCGGAUGUCGAGAUUCUGGAGCAGAGAAUCCUGGAGAUGGCUCGGCGCGAAAGCGAGGCUUUGCCGGGAGCUUAUGCCAACGGUCCUCCCCAGCAGCAGCAACAACAACCACAACAACCAGACCAGACGGAACAAGAAUUGUUGGCGAGUGCUUUCGCAGCAGCGCCGGAGGGCGCACGGCAUAUGGACUCAUCCACCGGCAGCUUCCAAAGCGAAGAAUCAAGUUCACAGGGUUUGGUGGAGGCAAAGCCUGUCCGCGAAGAAUCACUGUUGCGAAUUCCAGAGGCCAUUCCUUCAGACUCGGUGAGGAGCAGGAGGCAAAAAUUGCUGGAUGAAGACAAGAGAUUCCGUCGAUGGACUGCAGCUGCAGUCGCCGGCUUUUGCUUGAUAUUCAUGACAUUGAUCGUGAUUGUCGCUGUUGCUGUUCCUCCUAGAAACGGCGCUGAGACGACAGAAGUGCCAACGGAAAGUCCUGCAAUUGGUCCUCCUUCCGUUGCACUGGUGGCCAACACCAGCUAUGUCAUCAAUCUUCCUGAUUACACAAUUGAAGCAUUGAUGGAUCAAAACUCCUCUCAAUCAAAGGCAUAUGGCUGGCUCGAAGCAGACCCAAUGCUGGAAGAGUAUUCUAAGGAAAAGCUUCUACAACGGAUGGCCCUAGCGACGUUUUUCUUUGCGACUUCCGGUGAAAGCUGGACUAUCAACGAGGAUUGGUUGUCCUAUGAUGUGGACGAAUGCAGCUGGUUCAGCAAGUAUAAUAUAUCAGGGGCAACAGGUGGAACCGCUGAUCUUCUUGGCUGGAUUAUUGUAGAUCAAUUCCAUGGACCUGACGUCUGUGACAACAAAGGCAGCUAUCUCCAGCUUGUCUUGCCACACAAUGGGCUCACAUCAACCAGCAAUCUUCCCAAGGAGAUCACACUUCUAUCCAACUUGAAGAGGUUGGACUACCUCUUUUGUGCUGACAUGGCUCUUACUUCAACACUUCCCACAGAAUUGGGCAAGAUGGUCAACAUGAAAGAAAUGUAUAUUGGAAAAGUGGAUAUGACAGGGCCUAUCCCAUCGGAGAUUUCACAGAUGAGCCAUCUAUCUGCUCUUGAUCUGUCACGAGCAGGCCUUACUGGUACCCUACCAAUUGGUAUUGGAAACCUUACUUUUCUGAAAUACCUUCAUCUCAAUAAGAAUAGUAUCAGUGGAACACUUCCCACCGAGGUUGGUCUUCUUACAGCCAUGGAAAGCUUAAUCUUGAACCACAAUCAGCUAUCAGGAACAAUACCUUCAGAGAUUGGCAAUCUUCCAAGCUUUCGUGAUCUAGUUUUCGAGACCAACCAAAUCACAGGAGCCGUUCCCUCGGAGAUUGGACAACUCUCGAAUCUUGAAAUCAUGGCCCUAGGUGACUUGCUGAUCACUGGGACAAUCCCAUUGGAAGUAUGGCUGCUUCCUUCCCUCUGGUUCUUUGGUAUCUCUCAAAACAAUGUUGAAGGCAGCAUCCCCACUGAAAUUGGGCUUGCAAGCAUGGAUCUUCUGUAUAUUUAUGAUAAUGCUUGGAGUGGUGGCAUCCCUUCGGAGAUUGGUCUUCACACGGGUCUCCUUGAACUUUCGAUUGAAAGGUCAACGCUGAGUGGGACCCUGCCAAGUGAGAUGGCUCUUCUUUCCAAUUUGCAGUAUGUUUGGAUGCAUGACACUCCACUCUCUGGAAGUUUCCCCUGGACCCCUGGAAAUGAAACACAAAUGAUCUGGAUGUGGCUCAAUGGAACCAUGCUAGAAGGGGAGAUCCCAGACAAGUAUUGCUCUAUCGAGUGGUUGGUGUUUGAUUGUCCUGACAUGUGCGGGUGUGAUUGUCCCUGUCCCACCGUGAACCCAAAUGCAACUGCAACACUACUGGCCACUAAUGACACAGAUUCCAGGUGA